UGCUCGACUCUCCACAACACCACCAUGGGGACUUUAAAUUUAUUAACUAUAGCAUUCGUAACAUGGAUCGCUCUAUCUAUUGGACAGACUUCUGCACAAACGACCAUAGCAAUUAUUGAACCACAGUCGACAACACAACUGAUUUCAGGAAUUGCUUCAGCGCAUAACGAGCUUGUCUGCAGCACAUGGGGAAAUUACCACUUCUUGACGUUUGACGGAGACCUUUUCCAGCUCCCGUCCACAUGUAACCACAUCCUGACGUCGCAGUGCGGAGGCAGCUACGAAGCCUUUAACGUUCAGUUGAGACGGCAGAUGGUGAACGGCGAACCCACAAUUAGCAAAAUCUCCAUGAAGCUGGAUGGCGCAGUGGUGGAGCUCAGUAAAGACUUAAUCAGUGUCAACGGCCAAAAGGUCACACUUCCAUUUGUCACCAACGGAAUAUACAUUGAAAUGCGCAGCUCUUACAUUACUGUCAAAUCCACAGUAGGGCUAACAACUAUGUGGAAUGAAGAUGAUGCCUUCAUGAUUGAAUUAGAUGCAAAGUAUAAAAAUCGGACAUGUGGGCUUUGUGGCGACUUCAACGGCAUCCCGAUUUACAAUGAAAUGAUCAAGAAUGAUGUGGUUAUCUCUCCAUCUGAUUAUGGAAGUCUCUGGAAGAUGGAUGGACCCACAGAAAGAUGCGAGGACCUACCUGCACCAACAUAUAAAAACUGCGGAGAUGAGAAUUUCUGCCGUCAGCUGUUCCUCAAGGCGGAGUUCAGCAGCUGCACAUCUCUGGUGUCGGUCAAUAUGUUUGUGAAAGCAUGUGUAGAGGAUUUGUGCCAGUGUAACACAACUACAGACUCCUCCUGCUUAUGUAAAUCUGUAGCCGAGUAUUCACGUCAGUGUGUUCACGCAGGAGGGAAACCUGGAAACUGGAGGACUGAUGUUUUCUGCCCCCAGUCAUGUUCAGGUACCAUGCAGUACACCGAGUGUGGCAGUCCGUGUGUUGAUACCUGCUCGAACUCUGAGAGAGGAGAUGUUUGUGGUGAACACUGUAUUGAUGGAUGCUUCUGCCCUCCUGGCACUGUGUGGGAUGAUGUGACCAACUCCAGCUGUAUUCCGCUGAGUUCCUGCUCCUGUGUUCAUGAAGGACGAAUUUACAAUUCUGGGGACAACUACACAGCUAGCUGCAGAGAAUGCACUUGCUCAGGAGGUCAGUGGGCAUGUGUUUACAAAGACUGCCCUGGUACUUGCUCAGUUUUGGGAGGAUCGCACAUCAUAACAUUUGAUGAAAAGCCAUACACGUUUCACGGGGAGUGUUCGUACCUCCUCGCAAAGGAGUGCGCAGGCAACGAUUUCACCAUUCUGGGUGACUUAAUGCAAUGUGGACUAUCAAACACUGAGAGCUGCCUGAAAACGGUCACCAUCACGUUAUCACAAGGCAGUAAGCUGAUUCAAGUGGAUUCGACUGGGAAUGUUAACGUGGACAAGAUUUACACACAGCUUCCACUUUUUACAGCUGAUUUGACCAUCUACAUGCCGUCUUCCUUCUACAUCAUCAUCAGGGUCAUCAAGUCCAACAUUCUUCUGCAGAUCCAGCUGGUUCCCGUCAUGCAGGUUUUCAUCAAGCUGCCUCCAGUUUUUAAAGGACAAACAUGUGGACUUUGUGGUAAUUUCAACAACAUUCAGGCAGACGACUUCACCUCACCUAGUGGACUUACAGAAGGAACAGCGGAGAAUUUUGCCAACAGCUGGAAGACCAGAGCAAAUUGUCCAGACAUCCAGAAAUCUUUUGAGGACCCUUGCAGUCUGAGCACAGAAAAUGAGAAAUACGCGCAGCACUGGUGUUCCCUGCUAUCAGAUCCUUCUGGAGUUUUCGCUAGCUGCCAUUCAGAGAUCAGCCCUAAAACCUACCAAACGAACUGUAUAUAUGACACAUGUAACUGUGAGAAGUCUGAGGACUGCAUGUGUGCUGCUCUGUCUUCUUACGCAAGAGCGUGUGCUGCUAAAGGGAUCAUCCUCAGAAACUGGAGAGAUGCUGCUUGCAAUAAUGCCACAGUGUGCCCCAGCUCUUUAGUUUUCUCAUAUGAAAUGACCAGCUGUAAACGCACAUGCCGCUUCAUCGGGCAGGAGGACUACACAUGCGUUAAUCCUGUGAAAGUGGAGGGCUGCGGCUGUGCAUCGGGGACCUACAUGAAUGAAAACGGAGUGUGUGUUGAUGAAAACAACUGCCCGUGUUACGAUUCUAACACCAUCAUUCAGCCCGGCGAGAUCAUUAGCAAAGACAGCACCACAUGCACAUGUAAGCAAGGCAAACUGAGCUGCUUUGGUGCACUGAAGGUGGAAGAAUGUGUGGCGCCAAUGACAUUCUUCAACUGCUCCAGCGCUCCUCCCGGAAGCACUGGCUCUGAAUGUCAGAAAAGUUGCAAAAUUCUGGACAUGGCCUGUAUAAGCACAGGGUGUGUUUCCGGCUGUAUGUGUCCCUCUGGCCUGUUGUCCGAUGGAAAAGGUGGCUGUAUUACUGAAGAUCUUUGUCCAUGUGUCCAUAAUGGAGUGAAUUAUCAACCUGGCGAGAGUGUUCAAGAUGGCUGCAACACAUGUACCUGUGACGGCAGUAGAUGGCAGUGCACCACAAAUCAGUGCAGAGGAUCAUGUGCCAUUUACGGAGAUGGGCAUUACCUAACCUUUGAUGAAAAACGAUAUGUGUUUAAUGGAAACUGUGAAUAUGUCCUCUCUCAGGACUUCUGCAGUGGCAGUAGCGUCAAUGGCUCUUUCAGAGUCAUCACUGAAAACAUUCCCUGUGGUACAACUGGAACCACCUGCUCCAAAUCCAUCAAACUCUUCAUAGGAAGCAAUGAGCUGAUCCUCUCAGAUGGAACAUACCAAGUGGUACAGAGAAGCAAUGGAAAUGAAAUCCCGUACCAGUUCCGCACCAUGGGAAACUACUUGGUGGUUGAGACCUAUAACGGCAUAAUGCUUGUAUGGGACAGGAAAACUACCAUAUACAUUGUGCUUAGUCCUCAGUUUAAUGGAAAUGUGUGUGGUCUGUGUGGAAACUUUGAUGGCAAUGCCAAUAAUGACUUCACCACAAGAAGCCAAGAAGUGGUCAUUGACCCUGUUACCUUUGGAAAUAGCUGGAAAGUGUCUCCUACUUGUCCAGAGGCACUGGCUGUUAGUGAUCCGUGUGCUAAUAAUCCAUACAGGGAGGCAUGGGCACAGAAACAGUGCAGCAUCAUAAACAGUAACACUUUUGCUGCCUGCCAUUCAAAGGUGGAACCAGCUUCUUUUUACUCUGCAUGUGUGAGUGAUGCAUGUGCUUGUGACACUGGAGGAGACUGUGAGUGUUUCUGUACUGCUGUAGCAGCCUAUGCUAAGGCCUGUAAUGCUGCUGGAGUGUGUAUUGCCUGGAGAAGCCCAAAAGUUUGUCCACUGUUCUGUGAUUAUUACAACCCACCUGGUGAGUGUGAAUGGCACUACAAACCUUGUGGUCACGCAUGUAUGAAGACCUGCAGGAACCCCACAGGAAACUGCACAAUGGAGACACCUGCACUGGAAGGUUGCUAUCCUGAAUGCCCAGAAGAACUUCCGUUAUUUGAUGAGGAUACGAUGAAGUGUGUGUCACAAUGUGGCUGCUACGCUGACAUGAUACGUUAUGAGAUCGGCCAGUCUAUCCCUGCUAAAAACAACUGUCAGAUAUGUGAGUGCACAUCAAAUGGAGAGAGCUGCAAGUAUGAUGUAAAUGCUUGUACAUGUCAACAAAAUGGUACCAUGUACAAGUACAGAGACAUCAUUUACUACACAACAGAUGGACUUGGAAACUGUAUUAGUGCUAUAUGUGCUGAGGAUGGAAACAUUAAUAAGACUGUAGAAUCUUGUACAACUACAGUGCCCCCAACUGUACCAACAACACCACUGACUACAACACCAACACCUACAACAGUAUUUGUUUUUACCACUCCGGAAAUCACUCCAAGUGUGACAACCACAGAAGCACCUGAAACAACUCCAGCAAUCACGACAGAAAUGACAAGCACAGCUCCAACAAAGAUAACAUCUGUCCCACCAGAAAUAACAACCACUCAGCCAGUGGAAACUUCAACUGCAAAAGAAACCACUUUUUCCACAGAAACACCUAUUACAACUCCAACAAUCACAACAGGUGAAAGCAAAACAACACAAAUCUCUGUGACAACACCAACAACAGCAAUUGCUGCAAUCACAAAAACUCCUAGCACACUUACUGGCACAACAGGCACAACAUCAACAUCAAUGAAAAGCAUGACAUCUUUUAUUCCAACAGAGGUGAUAAGCACAGGUCUAACACAGACCACAUCUGUGCCACCAGAAAUAUCAACCACUCAGCCUUUGGAAACUACUCCACCCAAAGAAACAACUAUUUCACCAGAAGCAACAACACUGCCUAUUACAACUCUUCCUAUCACCACCACCCUUGCUCCAGGAGUAACAACCACUCAGCCUGCCACAGAGACCACAAUAUCACCAGAAAUUACAACACUGACAACCACACCAGUUGUAAAGGCAACAACAGUGUUUCCUGAAGUGACAAGUACUCAGGUUCCUACAACUCCUCCUGAAGAGACCACAGGUCCAGCAGAAACUACACUGAUCACCACUCUUGGUCCAAAGACAACAUCUGUGCUACCAGAAAUAUCAACCACUCAGCCUUUGGAAACUACUCCACCCAAAGAAACAACUAUUUCACCAGAAGCAACAACACUGCCUAUUACAACUCUUCCUAUCACCACCACCCUUGCUCCAGGAGUAACAACGACUCAGCCUGCUGCAGAGACCACCAUAUCACCAGAAAUUACAACACUGACAACUACAUCAGUUGUAAAGGCAACAACAGUGGUUCCAGAAGUGACAAGUUCUCAGAUUCCUACAACUGCUCCCAAAGAGACCACAGGCCAAGCAGAAACAACGCUGAUCACCACUGCUGUUCCAAAGACAACAUCUGUGCCACCAGAAAUAUCAACCACUCAGCCUUUGGAAACUACUCCACCCAAAGAAACAACUAUUUCACCAGAAGCAACUACACUGCCUAUUACAACUCUUCCUAUCACCACCACCCUUGCUCCAGGAGUAACAACCACUCAGCCUGCCACAGAGACCACCAUAUCACCAGAAAUUACAACACUGACAACCAAGCCAGUUGUAAAGGCAACAACAGUGGUUCCGGAAGUGACAAGUACUCAGGUUCCUACGACUUCUCCCAAAGAGACCACAGGUCCAGCAGAAACAACACUGAUCACCACUGCUGUUCCAAAGACAACAUCUGUGCCACCAGAAAUAUCAACCACUCAGCCUUUGGAAACUACUCCACGCAAAGAAACAACUAUUUCACCAGAAGCAACUACACUGCCUAUUACAACUCUUCCUAUCACCACCACCCUUGCUCCAGGAGUGACAACCACUCAGCCUGCCACAGAGACCACCAUAUCACCAGAAAUUACAACACUGACAACCAAGCCAGUUGUAAAGGCAACAACAGUGGUUCUGGAAGUGACAAGUACUCAGGUUCCUACAACUCCUCCCGAAAAGACCACCGGUCCAGCAGAAACAACGCUGAUCACCACUGUUGUUCCAAAGACAACAUUUGUGCCACCAGAAAUAUCAACCACUCAGCCUUUGGAAACUACUCCACCCAAAGAAACAACUAUUUCACCAGAAGCAACAACACUGCUUCUUACAACUCUUCCUAUCACCACCACCCUUGCUCCAGGAGUAACAACCACUCAGCCUGCCACAGAGACCACCAUAUCACCAGAAAUUACAACACUGACAACUACACCAGUUGUAAAGGCAACAACAGUGGUUCCAGAAGUGACAAGUACUCAGAUUCCUACAACUCCUCCCAAAGAGACCACAGGUCCAGCAGAAACAACGCUGAUCACCACUGCUGUUCCAAAGACAACAUCUGUGCCACCAGAAAUAUCAACCACUCAGCCUUUGGAAACUACUCCACCCAAAGAAACAACUAUUUCACCAGAAGCAACAACACUGCCUAUUACAACUCUUCCUAUCACCACCACCCUUGCUCCAGGAGUGACAACCACUCAACCUGCCACAGAGACCACCAUAUCACCAGAAAUUACAACACUGACAACCAAGCCAGUUGUAAAGGCAACAACAGUGGUUCCCGAAGUGACAAGCACUCAGGUUCCUACAACUCCUCCCGAAGAGACCACAGGUCCAGCAGAAACAACGCUGAUCACCACUGUUGUUCCAAAGACAACAUCUGUGCCACCAGAAAUAUCAACCACUCAGCCUUUGGAAACUACUCCACCCAAAGAAACAACUAUUUCACCAGAAGCAACAACACUGCCUAUUACAACUCUUCCUAUCACCACCACCCUUGCUCCAGGAGUAACAACCACUCAGCCUGCCGCAGAGACCACCAUAUCACCAGAAAUUACAACACUGACAACCACGCCAGUUGUAAAGGCAACUACAGUGGUUCCGGAAGUUAGAAGUACUCAGAUUCCUACAACUCCUCCCAAAGAGACAACAGGCCCAGCAGAAACAACGCUGAUCACCACUGCUGUUCCGAAGACAACAUCUGUGCCACCAGGAAUAUCAACCACUCAGCCUUUGGAAACUACUCCACCCAAAGAAACAACUAUUUCACCAGAAGCAACAACACUGCUUCUUACAACUCUUCCUAUCACCACCACCCUUGCUCCAGGAGUAACAACCACUCAGCCUGCCACAGAGACCACCAUAUCACCAGAAAUUACAACACUGACAACUACACCAGUUGUAAAGGCAACAACAGUGGUUCCAGAAGUGACAAGUACUCAGAUUCCUACAACUCCUCCCAAAGAGACCACAGGUCCAGCAGAAACAACGCUGAUCACCACUGCUGUUCCAAAGACAACAUCUGUGCCACCAGAAAUAUCAACCACUCAGCCUUUGGAAACUACUCCACCCAAAGAAACAACUAUUUCACCAGAAGCAACAACACUGCCUAUUACAACUCUUCCUAUCACCACCACCCUUGCUCCAGGAGUAACAACCACUCAGCCUGCCACAGAGACCACCAUAUCACCAGAAAUUACAACACUGACAACCAAGCCAGUUGUAAAGGCAACGACAGUGGUUCCGGAAGUGACAAGCACUCAGGUUCCUACACCUCCUCCCGAAGAGACCACAGGUCCAGCAGAAACAACGCUGAUCACCACUGUUGUUCCAAAGACAACAUCUGUACCACCAGAAAUAUCAACCACUCAGCUUUUGGAAACUACUCCACCCAAAGAAACAACUAUUUCACCAGAAGCAACAACACUGCUUCUUACAACUCUUCCUAUCACCACCACCCUUGCUCCAGGAGUGACAACCACUCAGCCUGCCACAGAGACCACCAUAUCACCAGAGAUUACAACACUGACAACCACACCAGUUGUAAAGGCAACAACACUGGUUCCAGAAGUGACCAGUACUCAGAUUCCUACGACUCCUCCCGAAGAGACCACAGGUCCAGCAGAAACAACGCUGAUCACCACUGCUGUUCCAAAGACAACAUCUGUGCAACCAGAAAUAUCAACCACUCAGCCUUUGGAAACUACUCCACCCAAAGAAACAACUAUUUCACCAGAAGCAACAACACUGCCUAUUACAACUCUUCCUUUCACCACCACCCUUGCUCCAGGAGUAACAACCACUCAGCCUGCCACAGAGACCACCAUAUCACCAGAAAUUACAACACUGACAACCAGACCAGUUGUAAAGGCAACAACAGUGGUUCCCGAAGUGACAAGCACUCAGGUUCCUACAACUCCUCCCGAAGAGACCACAGGUCCAGCAGAAACAACGCUGAUCACCACUGUUGUUCCAAAGACAACAUCUGUGCCACCAGAAAUAUCAACCACUCAGCCUUUGGAAACUACUCCACUCAAAGAAACAACUAUUUCACCAGAAGCAACAACACUGCCUAUUACAACUUUUCCUAUCACCACCACCCUUGCUCCAGGAGUAACAACCACUCAGCCUGCCACAGAGACCACCAUAUCACCAGAAAUUACAACACUGACAACUACACCAGUUGUAAAGGCAACAACGGUGGUUCCAGAAGUGACAAGUACUCAGAUUCCUACAACUCCUCCCAAGGAGACAACAGGCCCAGCAGAAACAACGCUGAUCACCACUGCUGUUCCAAAGACAACAUCUGUGCCACCAGAAAUCUCAACCACUCAGCCUUUGGAAACUACUCCACCCAAAGAAACAACUAUUUCACCAGAAGCAACUACACUGCCUAUUACAACUCUUCCUAUCACCACGACCCUUGCUCUAGGAGUGACAACCACUCAGCCUGCCACAGAGACCACCAUAUCACCAGAAAUCACAACACUGACAACCACACCAGUUGUAAAGGCAACAACAGUGGUUCCAGAAGUGACAAGUACUCAGAUUCCUACAACUCCUCCCGAAGAGACCACAGGUCCAGCAGAAACAACGCUGAUCACCACUGCUGUUCCAAAGACAACAUCUGUGCCACCAGAAAUAUCAACCACUCAGCCUUUGGAAACUACUCCACCCAAAGAAACAACUAUUUCACCAGAAGCAACAACACUGCCUAUUACAACUCUUCCUAUCACCACCACCCUUGCUCCAGGAGUGACAACCACUCAGCCUGCCACAGAGACCACCAUAUCACCAGAAAUUACAACACUGACAACCACACCAGUUGUAAAGGCAACAACAGUGGUUCCCGAAGUGACAAGCACUCAGGUUCCUACAACUCUUCCCGAAGAGACCACAGGUCCAGCAGAAACAACGCUGAUCACCACUGUUGUUCCAAAAACAACAUCUGUGCCACCAGAAAUAUCAACCACUCAGCCUUUGGAAACUACUCCACCCAAAGAAACAACUAUUUCACCAGAAGCAACAACACUGCCUAUUACAACUUUUCCUAUCACCACCACCCUUGCUCCAGGAGUAACAACCACUCAGCCUGCCACAGAGACCACCAUAUCACCAGAAAUUACAACACUGACAACUACACCAGUUGUAAAGGCAACAACAGUGGUUCCAGAAGUGACAAGUACUCAGAUUCCUACAACUCCUCCCAAGGAGACAACAGGCCCAGCAGAAACAACGCUGAUCACCACUGCUGUUCCAAAGACAACAUCUGUGCCACCAGAAAUAUCAACCACUCAGCCUUUGGAAACUACUCCACCCAAAGAAACAACUAUUUCACCAGAAGCAACAACACUGCCUAUUACAACUCUUCCUAUCACCACGACCCUUGCUCUAGGAGUGACAACCACUCAGCCUGCCACAGAGACCACCAUAUCACCAGAAAUUACAACACUGACAACCACACCAGUUGUAAAGGCAACAACAGUGGUUCCAGAAGUGACAAGUACUCAGGUUCCUACAACUCCUCCCAAAGAGACAACAGGCCCAGCAGAAACAACGCUGAUCACCACUGUUGUUCCAAAGACAACAUCUGUGCCACCAGAAAUAUCAACCACUCAGCCUUUGGAAACUAGUCCACCCAAAGAAACAACUAUUUCACCAGAAGCAACUACACUGCCUAUUACAACUCUUCCUAUCACCACGACCCUUGCUCUAGGAGUGACAACCACUCAGCCUGCCACAGAGACCACCAUAUCACCAGAAAUUACAACACUGACAACCACACCAGUUGUAAAGGCAACAACAGUGGUUCCAGAAGUGACAAGUACUCAGAUUCCUACAACUCCUCCCGAAGAGACCACAGGUCCAGCAGAAACAACGCUGAUCACCACUGCUGUUCCAAAGACAACAUCUGUGCCACCAGAAAUAUCAACCACUCAGCCUUUGGAAACUACUCCACCCAAAGAAACAACUAUUUCACCAGAAGCAACAACACUGCCUAUUACAACUCUUCCUAUCACCACCACCCUUGCUCCAGGAGUAACAACCACUCAGCCUGCCACAGAGACCACCAUAUCACCAGAAAUUACAACACUGACAACCAAGCCAGUUGUAAAGGCAACAACAGUGGUUCCGGAAGUGACAAGCACUCAGGUUCCUACAACUCCUCCCGAAGAGACCACAGGUCCAGCAGAAACAACGCUGAUCACCACUGUUGUUCCAAAGACAACAUCUGUGCCACCAGAAAUAUCAACCACUCAGCCUUUGGAAACUACUCCACCCAAAGAAACAACUAUUUCACCAGAAGCAACAACACUGCCUAUUACAACUCUUCCUAUCACCACCACCCUUGCUCCAGGAGUAACAACCACUCAGCCUGCCACAGAGACCACCAUAUCACCAGAAAUUACAACACUGACAACUACACCAGUUGUAAAGGCAACAACAGUGGUUCCAGAAGUGACAAGUACUCAGAUUCCUACAACUCCUCCCAAAGAGACAACAGGCCCAGCAGAAACAACGCUGAUCACCACUGCUGUUCCAAAGACAACAUCUGUGCCACCAGAAAUAUCAACCACUCAGCCUUUGGAAACUACUCCACCCAAAGAAACAACUAUUUCACCAGAAGCAACUACACUGCCUAUUACAACUCUUCCUAUCACCACCACCCUUGCUCCAGGAGUGACAACCACUCAGCCUGCCACAGAGACCACCAUAUCACCAGAAAUUACAACACUGACAACCACACCAGUUGUAAAGGCAACAACAGUGGUUCCAGAAGUGACAAGUACUCAGGUUCCUACAACUCCUCCCAAAGAGACAACAGGCCCAGCAGAAACAACGCUGAUCACCACUGCUGUUCCAAAGACAACAUCUGUGCCACCAGAAAUAUCAACCACUCAGCCUUUGGAAACUACUCCACCCAAAGAAACAACUAUUUCACCAGAAGCAACAACACUGCCUAUUACAACUCUUCCUAUCACCACCACCCUUGCUCCAGGAGUAACAACCACUCAGCCUGCCACAGAGACCACCAUAUCACCAGAAAUUACAACACUGACAACCAAGCCAGUUGUAAAGGCAACAACAGUGGUUCCGGAAGUGACAAGCACUCAGGUUCCUACAACUCCUCCCGAAGAGACCACAGGUCCAGCAGAAACAACGCUGAUCACCACUGUUGUUCCAAAGACAACAUCUGUGCCACCAGAAAUAUCAACCACUCAGCCUUUGGAAACUACUCCACCCAAAGAAACAACUAUUUCACCAGAAGCAACAACACUGCCUAUUACAACUCUUCCUAUCACCACCACCCUUGCUCCAGGAGUAACAACCACUCAGCCUGCCACAGAGACCACCAUAUCACCAGAAAUUACAACACUGACAACUACACCAGUUGUAAAGGCAACAACAGUGUUUCCAGAAGUGACAAGUACUCAGGUUCCUACAACUCCUCCCAAAGAGACAACAGGCCCAGCAGAAACAACGCUGAUCACCACUGCUGUUCCAAAGACAACAUCUGUGCCACCAGAAAUAUCAACCACUCAGCCUUUGGAAACUACUCCACCCAAAGAAACAACUAUUUCACCAGAAGCAACUACACUACUUCUUACAACUCUUCCUAUCACCACCACCCUUGCUCCAGGAGUAACAACCACUCAGCCUGCCACAGAGACCACCAUAUCACCAGAAAUUACAACACUGACAACCAAGCCAGUUGUAAAGGCAACAACAGUGGUUCCGGAAGUGACAAGCACUCAGGUUCCUACAACUCCUCCCGAAGAGACCACAGGUCCAGCAGAAACAACGCUGAUCACCACUGUUGUUCCAAAGACAACAUCUGUGCCACCAGAAAUAUCAACCACUCAGCCUUUGGAAACUACUCCACCCAAAGAAACAACUAUUUCACCAGAAGCAACAACACUGCCUAUUACAACUCUUCCUAUCACCACCACCCUUGCUCCAGGAGUAACAACCACUCAGCCUGCCACAGAGACCACCAUAUCACCAGAAAUUACAACACUGACAACUACACCAGUUGUAAAGGCAACAACAGUGGUUCCAGAAGUGACAAGUACUCAGAUUCCUACAACUCCUCCCAAAGAGACAACAGGCCCAGCAGAAACAACGCUGAUCACCACUGCUGUUCCAAAGACAACAUCUGUGCCACCAGAAAUAUCAACCACUCAGCCUUUGGAAACUACUCCACUCAAAGAAACAACUAUUUCACCAGAAGCAACUACACUGCCUAUUACAACUCUUCCUAUCACCACCACCCUUGCUCCAGGAGUGACAACCACUCAGCCUGCCACAGAGACCACCAUAUCACCAGAAAUUACAACACUGACAACCACACCAGUUGUAAAGGCAACAACAGUGGUUCCAGAAGUGACAAGUACUCAGAUUCCUACAACUCCUCCCGAAGAGACCACAGGUCCAGCAGAAACAACGCUGAUCACCACUGCUGUUCCAAAGACAACAUCUGUGCCACCAGAAAUAUCAACCACUCAGCCUUUGGAAACUACUCCACCCAAAGAAACAACUAUUUCACCAGAAGCAACAACACUGCCUAUUACAACUCUUCCUAUCACCACCACCCUUGCUCCAGGAGUAACAACCACUCAGCCUGCCACAGAGACCACCAUAUCACCAGAAAUUACAACACUGACAACCACACCAGUUGUAAAGGCAACAACAGUGGUUCCCGAAGUGACAAGCACUCAGGUUCCUACAACUCCUCCCGAAGAGACCACAGGUCCAGCAGAAACAACGCUGAUCACCACUGUUGUUCCAAAGACAACAUCUGUGCCACCAGAAAUAUCAACCACUCAGCCUUUGGAAACUACUCCACCCAAAGAAACAACUAUUUCACCAGAAGCAACUACACUGCCUAUUACAACUCUUCCUAUCACCACCACCCUUGCUCCAGGAGUGUCAACCACUCAGCCUGCCGCAGAGACCACCAUAUCACCAGAAAUUACAACACUGACAACCAAGCCAGUUGUAAAGGCAACAACAGUGGUUCUGGAAGUGACAAGUACUCAGAUUCCUACAACUCCUCCCGAAGAGACCACAGGUCCAGCAGAAACAACGCUGAUCACCACUGUUGUUCCAAAGACAACAUCUGUGCCACCAGAAAUAUCAACCACUCAGCCUUUGGAAACUACUCCACCCAAAGAAACAACUAUUUCACCAGAAGCAACAACACUGCCUAUUACAACUCUUCCUAUCACCACCACCCUUGCUCCAGGAGUAACAACCACUCAGCCUGCCACAGAGACCACCAUAUCACCAGAAAUUACAACACUGACAACUACACCAGUUGUAAAGGCAACAACAGUGUUUCCAGAAGUGACAAGUACUCAGGUUCCUACAACUCCUCCCAAAGAGACAACAGGCCCAGCAGAAACAACGCUGAUCACCACUGCUGUUCCAAAGACAACAUCUGUGCCACCAGAAAUAUCAACCACUCAGCCUUUGGAAACUACUCCACUCAAAGAAACAACUAUUUCACCAGAAGCAACUACACUGCCUAUUACAACUCUUCCUAUCACCACCACCCUUGCUCCAGGAGUGACAACCACUCAGCCUGCCACAGAGACCACCAUAUCACCAGAAAUUACAACACUGACAACCACACCAGUUGUAAAGGCAACAACAGUGGUUCCAGAAGUGACAAGUACUCAGAUUCCUACAACUCCUCCCGAAGAGACCACAGGUCCAGCAGAAACAACGCUGAUCACCACUGCUGUUCCAAAGACAACAUCUGUGCCACCAGAAAUAUCAACCACUCAGCCUUUGGAAACUACUCCACCCAAAGAAACAACUAUUUCACCAGAAGCAACAACACUGCCUAUUACAACUCUUCCUAUCACCACCACCCUUGCUCCAGGAGUAACAACCACUCAGCCUGCCACAGAGACCACCAUAUCACCAGAAAUUACAACACUGACAACCACACCAGUUGUAAAGGCAACAACAGUGGUUCCCGAAGUGACAAGCACUCAGGUUCCUACAACUCCUCCCGAAGAGACCACAGGUCCAGCAGAAACAACGCUGAUCACCACUGUUGUUCCAAAGACAACAUCUGUGCCACCAGAAAUAUCAACAACUCAGCCUUUGGAAACUACUCCACCCAAAGAAACAACUAUUUCACCAGAAGCAACUACACUGCCUAUUACAACUCUUCCUAUCACCACCACCCUUGCUCCAGGAGUGUCAACCACUCAGCCUGCCGCAGAGACCACCAUAUCACCAGAAAUUACAACACUGACAACCAAGCCAGUUGUAAAGGCAACAACAGUGGUUCUGGAAGUGACAAGUACUCAGAUUCCUACAACUCCUCCCGAAGAGACCACAGGUCCAGCAGAAACAACGCUGAUCACCACUGCUGUUCCAAAGACAACAUCUGUGCCACCAGAAAUAUCAACCACUCAGCCUUUGGAAACUACUCCACCAAAAGAAACAACUAUUUCACCAGAAGCAACAACACUGCCUAUUACAACUCUUCCUAUCACCACCACCCUUGCUCCAGGAGUAACAACCACUCAGCCUUUUGCAGAGACCACAAUAUCACCAGAAAUUACAACACUGACAACCACGCCAGUUGUAAAGGCAACUACACUGGUUCCGGAAGUGACAAGUACUCAGGUUCCUACAUCUCCCCCCGAAGAGACCACAGGUCCAGCAGAAACAACGCUGAUCACCACUGUUGUUCCAAAGACAACAUCUGUGCCACCAGAAAUAUCAACCACUCAGCCUUUGGAAACUACUCCACCUAAAGAAACAACUAUUUCACCAGAAGCAACAACACUGCCUAUUACAACUCCUCCUAUCACCACCACCCUUGCUCCAGGAGUGACAACCACUCAGCCUGUUGCAGAGACCACCAUAUCACCAGAAAUUACAACACUGACAACCACGCCAGUUGUAAAGGCAACUACACUGGUUCCGGAAGUGACAAGUACUCAGGUUCCUACAUCUCCUCCCGAAGAGACCACAGGUCCAGCAGAAACAACACUGAUCACCACUGUUGUUCCAAAGACAACAUCUGUGCUACCAGAAAUAUCAACCACUCAGCCUUUGGAAACUACUCCACCUAAAGAAACAACUAUUUCACCAGAAGCAACAACACUGCCUAUUACAACUCUUCCUAUCACCACCACCCUUGCUCCAGGAGUAACAACCACUCAGCCUGCCACAGUAACCACCAUAUCACCAGAAAUUACAACACUGACUACCACGCCAGUUGUAAAGGCAACUACACUGGUUCCGGAAGUGACAAGUACUCGGGUUCCUACAUCUCCUCCCGAAGAGACCACAGGUCCAGCAGAAACAACACUGAUCACCACUGUUGUUCCAAAGACAACAUCUGUGCCACCAGAAAUAUCAACCACUCAGCCUUUGGAAACUACUCCACCUAAAGAAACAACUAUUUCACCAGAAGCAACAACACUGCCUAUUACAACUCUUCCUAUCACCACCACCCUUGCUCCAGGAGUAACAACCACUCAGCCUGCCACAGAGACCACCAUAUCACCAGAAAUUACAACACUGACAACCACGCCAGUUGUAAAGGCAACUACAGUGGUUCCGGAAGUUACAAGUACUCAGGUUCCUACAACUUCUCCCGUGGAGACCACAGGUCCAGCAGAAACAACACUGAUCACCACUGCUGUUCCAAAGACAACAUCUGUGCCAUCAGAAAUAUCAACCACUCAGCCUUUGGAAACUACUCCACCCAAAGAAACAACUAUUUCACCAGAAGCAACAACACUGCUUCUUACAACUCUUCCUAUCACCACCACCCUUGCUCCAGGAGUGACAACCACUCAGCCUGCCACAGAGACCACCAUAUCACCAGAAAUUACAACACUGACAACCAAGCCAGUUGUAAAGGCAACAACAUUGGUUCCGGAAGUGACAAGUACUCAGGUUCCUACAACUCCUCUCAAAGAGACCACAGGUCCAGCAGAAACAACACUGAUCACCACUGCUGUUCCAAAGACAACAUCUGUGCCACCAGAAAUAUCAACCACUCAGCCUUUGGAAACUACUCCACCUAAAGAAACAACUAUUUCACCAGAAGCAACAACACUGCCUAUUACAACUCCUCCUAUCACCACUACUCUUGCUCCAGGAGUAACAACCACUCAGCCUGCUACAGAGACCACCAUAUCGCCAGAAAUUACAACACUAACGUCCACGGCAGUUGUAAAGGCAACUACAGUGGUUCCGGAAGUGACAAGUACUCAGGUUCCUACAACUCCUCCCAAAGAGACCACAAGUCCAGCAGAAACAACACUGAUCACCACUGCUGUUCCAAAGACAACAUCUGUGCCACCAGAAAUAUCAACCACUCAGCCUUUGGAAACUACUCCACCCAAAGAAACAACUAUUUUGCCAGAAACAACAACAUUGCCUAUUUCCACUCUUCCUAUUACCACCACCCUUGCUCCAGGAGUAACAACCACUCAGCCCGCCACUGAGACCACCAUAUCACCAUUAAUAACUUCACCGACAACCACACCAGUUGUAAAUGCAACAACAGUGGUUCUGGAAGUGACAAGUACUCAGGUUCCUACAUCUCCUACAGAAACAUCCCAGACUGUUUCAGUUGUCACAGAAGUUUCCACAGAAUUUACAACGAUACCAACUUCAACAAUCACCACAGCUACUUCUAUGACAACAUUUGGAAUUGUAACUGGGUCUAAACCAACUACUGUUCCAACAACAGUUCCAUCAACAGGCAUGCAAAUGAAUAUUAGUACUACUGUAACUAUACCUGUGACAACAGCACCUGUCUGUUGUUUUGUAAAUGGCACAAAUUUUCCAUCAGACACCAUUAUUUAUAAUGUAACUGAUGGCUUUGGGUGGUGCUUCACUGCAUAUUGCAAUUCCACUUGUGAUGUUGUGACAAAUUCGUAUUCCUGCUUGACGACACCACCUCCAAUUACCACCACUCCAUUCAGUACGCCAGCAUUUACAACUACUCCAACCACAACGCCAACAAGUAUUCCCACUCUUGCUCCAAUUCCUACAACUGUAGCCCCAUUCUGUGCCAGUCUUAAUCCACCAAGAAAGGAUGGGGAGUCCUGGAAAGUGGAUAACUGCACCACUGCCACAUGUACUAAUGGUACAGUCAUCUACGAACCAAUGUACAAGUGUAGCCCACCUGAACAAAUAACCUGUGCAAAUGGCCGAACACCUAUUAAGGUUUAUGAUGAGACUGGCUGCUGCUUCAAAUAUGAAUGUGAAUGCUCUUGCAGUGGAUGGAGCAGCUCUCAUUACAUCACAUUUGAUGGAACAGCUUAUACCUUCAGUGAUAAUUGCUCAUACAUUUUGGUUCAAGAAAUUUACAAUGCAAGUCUAAAAAUCGUACUUGACAAGGAAGUCUGCAGCACUGGCAGCUCAUUCUGCCCACAAAGCCUGAUAAUUACAUACAAUUCACAGGAUGUUAUUCUGACACAGACAAUGACAGCAAAUGGUGCAACCAAUGUGGUGAUGGUGAAUAACAAGCAAGUCUAUCCUGUCUUUAAAAAUUCUAAUUACAUCAUCACAAGCACAGGCAUGGAGGUCACAGUGUCAAUUCCAGAGAUUAAGGCUCAAGUGACCUACACAGGCACCACAUUUAACAUUGACUUGCCCUUCUCUGAGUUUCAGAACAAUACAGAAGGCCUAUGCGGGACAUGUGAUAACAAUCAAGCAAAUGACUGUAGGUCACCUUCUGGUCAAAUUAAAUCCUGUGAGAACACAGCACCAAGCUGGCAGGUUCCCAACAAGACGUGCAUAGCACCCACCACUCUCCCUCCAAUUACCGUUACUACCCUUGUCCCCCCCACAACACCCUACCCAUGCCAGCCAGUCAUCUGUGAGCUAUUCAACAGCAGCGCUUUUGAGGAAUGCCGAAGCAUCAUACCUUUUGAACCAUAUAUGAACAGUUGUGAACAGGAUGUGUGCUCUGGAAAACCUAGUUGUACGAGUCUGCAGGCUUAUGCAUCUGCAUGUGCCAAAGCAGGAGUGUGUGUGAAUUGGAGGAAUUACACUAAUGGAGAAUGCGAGUAUAAAUGUCCUCCUACUAAAGUCUAUGAAGCCUGUGGCCCUGCUGUGCAACCAACCUGCAAUUCUCAGUAUAAUGAGAAGUACCAGGAGUUGAUGGCAUCUGAAAGUGCACAAAUGCAGGAGGGAUGUUUCUGUAUGAAAGGCACCACUCUGUUCAACUCAUACUCAGAUGUUUGUGUUACAUCCUGCGCUUGUGUCGGACCUGAUGGCAGUCCCAAAAUGCCAAAUGAAACAUGGCAAAUCGGCUGCCAAAUGUGUAAGUGUGAUGGUGAAAGCAUGAGCAUACAGUGUAACCCAGUCGUAUGUCCAACUCAAGUCAUGCCUGUUUGUGACCGACCUGGAGAUGUGCUCAUUAACAAAACAGAUGGCUGCUGCACAAGCUAUGAAUGUCAGUGUGAUACAAGUCAGUGUGUCAUGACCACUAUGGGCUGCCCUCUGGGUUUUACACAAGAGAUGAAUGCAGUUCAACAAGGCGAAUGUUGUCCUACAUAUACCUGCAAACCAAUGAAAGUCUGUGUGCAGAAUGGAACAAUAUAUCAGCCGGGCUCGCCCAUGCCCAGUGAUAAUGUCUGUGAGGAAUGCGAAUGUAGUUCAGUUAUAAAUAACAACACUGAACUUCUGACUCCAAAGUGCUUGGCAAAACAAUGUAACAUGACGUGUGAUAAGGGUUAUGAGUAUCAGGCUGUCCCUGGCAAGUGCUGUGGAGAGUGUGUAAGGACGAGCUGUGUGGUCAUGAUUAAUAACACCACAGUGAUCAUCUCAAUGAAUGAAACAUUUACUUCACCUGAUGAUAAAUGUGUGACAUACACCUGCCAGGAUGUUAAUGGUGAUCCCAUGGCAAAGGAAAGCACGAAAAUCUGUCCUGAGUUUAACCCAGAUAUCUGCACUCCGGGAACAGAGACGACUGACGCUGAUGGCUGCUGCAAGAGCUGCACUCCAAAGACCAAUUGCAGUAAGCAAAGCAACACCACUGUGCUGGUUCAGGGUGACUGCAAGAGCGUAACUCCGGUGGAGAUCACUUCCUGCUCAGGAACCUGUGAAACUUCCUCUAUGUACUCUGCAGAGUCCAACACUCUGACACACAUGUGCAGCUGUUGUUAUGAGAAGGAAACCAGCAAUAAGCAAGUGGAUAUGAUUUGCGCUGAUGGAACAACCACCACACACACGUAUAUUCACAUCGAUUCCUGCGGCUGCCAGGCAUCUGAUUGCACAGAAAAGCAGAGACGCAGAAGGAGCUUGAACUCUGAUCUGUCCAUGAGAAGGCCAGGGAAACUUCAUAAGUGAAGGGAAUGAUUUACUGAUUUUAUUGAUAUUGAUUAAUGAUUAAUUUUAAAGCUUCCUCUCUAGUAGUAUAAUAUAGUGCUUCUCCUCUUCUGCUUGCAAAGCAAAAAGUUGUCUAAUUUCACUGUUAUAUUUUUAUUAUUGUAAGAAUGUGUGAAAAGCUUGUUAACACAGCAUGGUGAGUGUGUCGUGCUUAUAAAGUGCAUGUCAGAAAGGUCUUCCUUUGUCCUUUGACUUUAAAUUCUCAAUAAACUUUUGCAGUUUAAA